AGGGUGAUAUGUGUCCGCAUUGCGUUCACUGAGGACAGACAGGGAUCUUUUACUGUGAAAUUAGUUGUUAUUCUGGCGUUGGAAUAACUCGGACAGACAUCUUCGUGAUGGGUAUCCAAUGUCGCCAAAUGAGGAGGGAGUACCGUUGUAUAUUUCUCCAUUUUGUGAUUCUGAUAUUGCUUUGGAACAGGACCUCUGCUCAGAUCCGUUAUUCCAUUCAAGAGGAGUUAAAAGUCGGCACGAUAGUUGGGAAUAUAGCUAAAGAUAUGGGGUUCGACAGAGGAACACUGGCUGAUCGGAAUCUCCGCAUUGUUUCGGGAACAAAACAGGAUCUUUUUCAGGUAAAUCAGCGAGACGGCGCUUUGUUUGUGAAUCAGAGAAUAGACAGAGAGGAGCUGUGCGGUAAAAGCACUUCGUGUCUUGUUAAUCUGAAAGCUGUAAUAGAAAACCCUCUAGAAAUGCAUCACGUUACAGUAGAGAUAGUGGAUGUAAAUGACCACUCUCCCAGCUUCCCGAAAGCAGAGAGCCGUCUUGAAAUAUCCGAAUCCGCCAUGCCAGGCGCGCGCUUCCAGUUGGAGGGUGCACAGGACCCCGAUGUUGGCAUAAAUGCCCUGCGUUUUUAUAAAUUGAGUCAAAAUGAAUAUUUCCAGUUAGAAACUGAAGAUUUAAGUGACGAUAUGAAAGUACCAGUUUUGGUGCUUCAUAAAUCGCUGGACAGAGAGCGUCAUUCGGUGCAUGAUUUUUUUGUCACUGCUGCUGAUGGUGGAAAACCACAGCGAUCAGGUGAACUUAAUGUCACAGUCAUUGUUUUAGACAUCAAUGACAAUGCACCCGUCUUUAAUAAGCAAAAGUACACAGUUAAUGUAAAGGAAAAUAUUCCAGUCGGCACUGUUUUAAUUGCGGUGAAUGCUACGGAUCGUGAUGAAGGUUUAAACGGAGAAAUUGUGUACACAUUCGGUAAACAGCUCUGGAGUAAGGCCUCUGACCUUUUUGAUUUGGAUCGGAAAACAGGAGAAAUUAAAGUAAAGGGUGAGAUAGAUUUUGAGGAGAAGCAAAUUUAUGAAAUUAAUGUACAAGCUUCCGAUGAAGGGCAGGUUCCGCUCUCUACGCACUGCAACGUGUUUGUGAAAGUCGAGGACGUGAAUGACAACAAACCAGAGAUCGAUGUCACCUCUUUGUCCAGUCGGGUUCCAGAGGACGUCCCUCCCGGUACUGUGGUAGCGCUGAUGGGUGUGACUGACUUGGACUCAGGUGUUAACGGACAGGUAGUUUGUACGUUACCUGAAGACCUGCCGUUUGAUCUGAAACCCUCCUCUGAGGGGAACUUUUAUUCGUUAGUGACUAAGAGCUCCUUAGACAGAGAGGCAGUUCCUCAGUAUGAUAUUACCAUCACAGCGAAAGAUCUCGGAACCCCCGCAUUAUCUAGUGUGAAAACAAUCAGAGUGGAGAUUUCAGAUAUUAAUGAUAACAGCCCGGUGUUCUCUCAAGAUCCAUAUACCUUGUACUUACUGGAAAAUAACGCGCCUGGCGCGUCCAUAUUGACAGUUAGCGCCUCUGAAGCAGAUGAAGGAGAAAACGCGCUGGUUUCCUAUUCAUUUGGGCACGUGAGCGCAGGCCCGAGUUACAGUGUGACAUCCUUCUUAAAUAUCAAUCCUGAAAAUGGGAAUAUUUACGCGCUGAAAAGCUUUGACUUUGAAACUCUUAAAACCUUUCAAUUCCAAGUGGUAGCUAAAGACUCAGGAAGACCGUCACUAAGCAGCAACGUUACAGUGAAUGUUUAUAUUCUGGAUCAGAACGAUAACGCUCCAGUGAUCUUGUCACCGAUGAGCGCUAACGGUUCCGCUGAAGGCGUGGAGGAGAUUCCCCGCAAUGUGAACGCAGGCCAUUCGGUGACUAAAGUGAGGGCCUAUGACGCUGAUAUAGGAUACAACGCCUGGCUCUCAUUCUCGCUGCAGCACGUUCCCGACCCCAGUCUCUUUGGUUUGGAGCGAUAUACAGGAGAGAUCAGGACGCUUCGCUCGUUCACGGAAACAGACGAGGCUGAGCAUAAACUGGUUAUACUGGUAAAAGACAAUGGGAACGUUUCACUGUCAGCAACAGCAACUGUGAUUAUCACCGCCGUGGAGCCCAAAGAGGCAUUUGCUGCUUCUGAUAUUAAAAGCACAGUAAAAACCGAAGAAGAGAACAACUUAACUUUUUAUCUGAUAAUCACACUGGGGUCAGUUUCAGCGCUCUUUCUCCUGAGUAUUAUCGGUUUGAUAGUGAUGCAGUGCUCCAAAGCUCCAGACUAUUCGUCCAAAUAUUGCCGGGACUCCAAUUACGCGGACACGAGCGGAAACGGGACACUGUGUCACAGCAUCCAGUACAGAUCCGGAGACAAACGGUACAUGUUAGUUGGACCCAGAAUGAGUAUCGGUUCUGCUAUUGUCCCCGGCAGUAAUGGGAAUACUCUAGUCGUUCCAGAUCACAGGAGGAGAAUCUCAGGAGAGGUAAGGAUUCAUGUGUGA